CCUUGUAACGCGUCCCCCCAGGACGUUCGGAACAGCACGCGUGGAGCUAUGCUUCUUCAACCGCCCUCCGUUGCCGAAGACGAGCGGCUUCUUGUUCAGGCUUUCUUCGGGAAAUGAAUCCCUUAAUCCUUUCCCUUGGCCAGCCAACAGCGGGCUUCAAUGGCGGAGGUGGAGGCUGCUCAGGCUGGCUACCAACCGGUCGUCCCUUCUCGCUCCGUUUGCGUUUAUACAAGCUGCUAUUGUGAAGAAAAUAUCUGGAAGCUCUGUGAAUAUAUCCGAAGCAAGAAUCAAUACCCUUUAGAAGAAUUUUAUGCUGUUUUCAUUUCCAAUGACAGAAAAAUGGUGCCACUUUGGAAGCAGCAGGCAGGAUGUGAAGAGCAGCCUGUGAUCUGGGAUUACCAUGUUAUUUUGUUACACGUGUCGAACGGAGACCAGAACUUUAUCUAUGAUCUUGAUACUGUCCUACCUUUUCCAUGCCGUUUUGGCACUUACAUUGAAGAGGCUUUCAAAUCGGACAGCAUUAUUAAUCCUGAUUUUCGAAGGUGGGGAUAUCAAUCACAAACAUUCUCAGCAUAGCUUUAAUAGCAGUAAGCCUUGGGUGUGCCAAAAUUAGCUUGACAUGUUACAGUUC